AUGGCAACGCAGGUGUUGAUAGCCCAUACGGGCCAGCGCCUGCAGGUGGACACGACGCAGUUCUCAGCGCUCGAUGAUUUCAAGACCUGGAUCGCAAGGCAGACGUCGAUUCCGGCGCAUCAGGUUGUCGCUUUGACUGCCCAGGGACGAAGCGUCAAACUGCAGACUCUUCACCAGGAAACAGAGAUUUACAUCUAUGACAUCCGGUUAUCGCAACCCAGCUCCCCCGGCGCCGCCUCGUCUCCCAAGUCCGAACUGCCCCUCCCCAAGCGGUACUCCGUCCCGAACGCCCCCAACUACAUCGGAAAUAUCCGCGUGCUGUCAGAAUGGCAAGCUCUUUACAAAGAGCGCCAGGUAUGGGCCCUCGGCAUCGUCGAGGACUCGGCGCGUAUGGCGACCGAGAUCCAGGAGCGAUACGGCGAGAUGGACGUCAUCAUUAAGUGCCUCGAUGCGGCGGUGGCCAAUCUGGAGAUUAGUGUGAAGCAGAUUGAGCCCAAGUAUGCCGAGCUGAAGAAGUGGGUGCAGCCUGCGCUGGACGAGUACGAGCAGCUCGCCGAGAACUGGGAGCACUACCUCACCGUUGCGCGCAGUGUGCCGAUUUCUGCCGCCAUGGUGCGCUUCAUGACCUCCCGGGACCUCAAAAAGAAGCAGACGACGCUCGAAGACCUGAUAGAGCAGGACACGGCAAAGAAAUCAGGACGUUUGGCACCGACGUCGUUGAAAAAGUUUAGCACCAAGGCUGCGGAUCUAGACAAGGCUGCGGACAAGAUGUACGGUGCGCUGGAGCAGUUGAUCGGGGACUUUGACAACCUUGUUGGUCGAUCUGCUCUAUCACAUAGUGGCGAGGCGGCCCAGUUACUCCUGGACCUCGAAGCCGUGGCCAAAAAGAUUGAGACAGACUACCACAUCGUAUUGGAGUACACUGACACGCAACCUAAUGUCCUCCAGGCAUCGCGGACGGCAGAGAACCACACGUCGCGUUUGAUACCCAGCUUGAAGAAACGUGCCGCGGAGAUGGACGAGAUGCUGCACUACGUCACGCAGGCGCGAAAUGCGAUUGCCUCUGAUUGCAUCGAUUUUAUGCGCAACAUUACUGAGAUUACCACGUUACACAGCAGCGUUAGGAACCAGAUCAGCGUCCUGAACCAGGCUGAAGACGACAUGACGACGUUUGACUAUUUGCGCCUUAUUCACCAGCUCCCGUACAUGUACGCCUCCUUCGUUUCCGAAGCAGUACGCCGCCGUGAGUGGUCCGACAAGAUCAAGACGGAUUCGUCAACGCUGGCCAACGAGAUGGCGUUGUUCCAAGAUGAGGAGUCGAAGAGGCGGAGGAAAUGGCACAAGAUGGUCGGCAGCAUGUAUGGCCCCGACAAGGUUGAAGCCAAUAUUCUGGGUCUCGAGGUCAACUUGCUUGGCGAAGAGGAGGCAUGGCCAAGCAUGGCCAAGCGUGACUUGGAGGAGUUUUUGGAGCAUCUUCAAAGACAACAGGCCGAAGUCGACAUCAUUGACGACGUGACAAAGCUGGUCAACGAGUUGAGCAGCCCCACGAAACAGCAGUCGAAGAGGUUGAAGGCCUUCAAGAAUGGCAGUGUCCAUGAGGCAGCCCUUGGCCGAAGUGGCUUGAUGAUCCGCGGCGAUGACGAUCUGCUCCGCAGUCUUCAAGACGACAAGUCGAAGCUCGAAAACAAGCUAAAGACCGCAGAGAGCCGGGUGCGGAGGUUGGAAGACUUGCUCCACAGGCAAAGCGCGGCGUCUCGACCCGGCAUCGGUGGUCUGUUUGGUCACGAAAGAAACGAUUCGACGAACUCGAUCAAGUCGACGGCACCCUCGGAGGAUACUCGUCGUUCGACAGGCAAUUCGGAGGCCUUGCUGCAGAGGAUCCAACAGCUGGAAAGUGAAUUGAGCAGCCGUCGAUCAUCCGAUAACUCGGAAGCCUUGACCCAGAGAAUACAGCAGCUCGAGUCUGAACUCAGUAAUCGUCCGACAUCUGAUAAAUCGGAGGCUCAGUUGCAAAGAAUACAACAGCUUGAAAGUGAACUCAAUGCGGAGAAGGAAAAAUGCGCAGCUUUCGAAAGAGACCUUAACGUCCGGGCCACUGCCCACGACGAUGUCAAGGGGCGGAUGGAGGAGGCCAACUCUACCAAGAAGGAACUCCUCGAGAAUAUGGAGGCCUUGCAAAGGGAAUUUGUCGAAGAACGCAAGUCACUCGAGAACGAAAUCAAAGGACUCAAGGCCCGUAUCGAGGACACCGAAGAUGAGAUCGAAAACUUUGGCGAAUCGAGAGAGAACGAAAAGGCUACCUACAUCGAGAGGAUGCAUGACCUGGAGGCAGAGAUCGAUAGGAUGCAGAAGGAGCAGAAGGAUGAGGCGCUCAAGACCCAAGGCCAAGUUGAAUUCUUACGCAACGAGUCACGUCUCCAGAGAGAGCAAAACGAGUCGCUCGAUAGACAGCUCCAGACGGCGAAUGACGAGGCGAAGAAGCUAGCCAAGACUUUGAGUUCUACUCAGGAGACCGCCGAUGCACAAUUGAAGGCACUCCGCGACGUUCAUGACCAGCUGUCUCCGAACGACGAUACAACCGAAGACCUCAACGAUCUCAUCGAUGCACUUGUCUACCGAGCUACAGAUGUCGCAGCCAAGUUGAAGACUCUGGAGAGCGACAGAUCAAUACUCAAGACCAAUCUUGAGCAAGCCGAGGAGCACAUCAAGACGUUGAAGGCUGAGAUCUUUGAAACGAAGGGCAGGCUUGUCUCCGAGGAGGAUAGCUCCAGACAUUUAAGAGAGAACUUGGAUGAAGAGAAGGCCAAGGUUGCUGUCCUUGAGCAAGAAGCCGCCGAAAAUCGAGAGCAGCUGGAUCAACUCCGCGCCAAGAUUGCCGAUGGCGAAACGGGCUCGGAAAGCCUUCGAAAGAAGUUAGACGAGGGAGAAGAGCGGAUCAGCUCCAUCACCGAGCAACUCGCAUCCCGACAAUCCCAAGUCGGUAGUCUGGAAGAGGAGCUUCGGCUUUACAAGGAGAAGAUGGAGAAGUCCCAAGUCAAGCUCACGGCUGUCCUUGGCCACUUUGAAUCUAGAUCUGAGAAGACGAAGGACUUGACGCAGCGUCUCUACUCUCAGAAUGACAGACUUUGCCGACUUUUGGAACGAUUGGGCUUCGCGGUUACCCGCCAAGACUCGACGAUGAUGAUACAGAAGGUCCCGAGGUCUGAGAGAGGCACCAUGAGCCAGAUCCACAAUGCUAACGACUCUUCGGACCCUGGCCAGUCCAUGAUCCGUCGCUCCGGCAUGCUCACUAGUCGCACCUUGGCCGACAGCACCGACCUGGAGCUGUUGUACUGGAUGAAUGGCACUGAAGACACUGACGCGGAGACGGACAAGUACGAAGCCUUCAUGACACGUUUGGGCAGCUUCGACAUGGACCUGUUUGCCGAGACGGUCUACAGGCGUGUCAAGGAUGUAGAGCAUCUUGCUCGGAAACUUCAGCGGGAUGCGCGCGCUUAUAGGGAGAAGGCGCAUACGCUGCAGAGGGACUCGCAUGAGAAGAUUGCCUUCAAGCAUUUCAAGGAAGGAGAUCUUGCUCUAUUCCUCCCCACAAGAAACCAAACAGCCGGUGCCUGGGCUGCGUUCAACGUAGGCUUUCCUCACUACUUUCUGCGAGAGACUGACGCUCACCGUCUUCGCUCUCGUGAAUGGCUUGUCGCUCGCAUCACUCGGAUACAAGAGCGAGUGGUGGACCUCUCGAAGAGCUUGCACAAGCAACUACCCGACAACGACUCUGUCAAUGGCGAGGAGGAUGAUAAUCCGUUCCAGCUUUCUGAUGGCCUGCGAUGGUACCUCAUUGAUGCACACGAAGAUAAGCCGGGCGCCCCCGCCACACCUGGACUGGGCAAGUCAACGAUCGCAGCAAACACUGUCGAGGCCAUGGCGGAUAUGCACACCCAUGCGCAGGCAAACGGCAAGGACAAGCAGCGGGCGAACCCUCAUAGCAUCGAAGGUGUCAGCAAAGCUCUGAGCAAGAGUCUCGAGAGCCGCCGGAGCAGCUCCAACUCGAAGAAGGCUCUCCCCUUCGCCGUCGGUGGAGGUGCGGCACUGCUCAAGGGCAACGCGUUGGGCAGCGAAACCAAUUCACUUCGCGCAGCUGCGCCGGACACCCCGACGGAAACUAGCCCGCCUGAAGAAGGAGCGCCUGGAUCAUCGGCCAAUGGACACGAGCAUUCGGGACAGCCUGGGCAGGCUUCGAGCCCGCUUGCGGAAGAGGGUCAUCCCGCGCAGGCGGGUGAUGAGAGGUCCAGAUCGCCCGAGCGUCAGAAGAGCGGGGCCAGCGUCGAGAGUCCGACAAAGAAGAGCGUCGUGUGGGACUCUCUGUGGAGCGUUGACUUGAGCUUCGAGAGCAGCGGCGGUGGCGGGGCGAAGAGAAAGUGGGAGGGGCAUGAGAGGAAGUGA